AUGAAUUCCCGAGACCCUCCAGCGAGGCAACCCUCGCUCUCCUAUGCUAGAAUUUUGAAAGGAGACACGAUUAAGAAUCGCAAAGUCCUCGCUUCAAAGUCUAAGCCAGCCACCAAGGAUACCAAGGAGCCCCCAACGACCACCAAAGAAGGAGAAAAGGAGUGCCCUGAGGGUGCGAUGCGUGCUCAAGACCAGCUUCAAAAACACAAACAAAACCACAAGCCAGGUCGAGACAGGAGCACUGUACCAGGGCCCGGCCCGAACCGCCAGGUCAAGGAUACCAAAGACAACUCCUCCGCUGAGUUUCCUCAGUUGAAAAAGCCGGCUCGCGAACCGCCACGGAAUCCACCUCAGCCAAAACCUCAGUCACCCGAAAAACAUAAAGCAAAAAGCGCCCCCACUGUCACCAGAACUCAAAGUUAUGCCCAAGUCGCCUCUGGCAAGAAAGUCCAAGUUCUCACCAAGGCACCCAAAACCAGCACAACCAAGCCAGCAGACACGGAAUAUCCCUCGAUUGCCCAUGAGCCCACUGCAAAAAUGCCCUCAAAAUCUUCGCAGUCGAGCAACUGGAGAAACUCGAGCGACGCAAAGGCGAAAACACCCGGGUCUCAACCAGGUUCCAGGGAGAAAACCUUGCACCAGGGUUCCCUGAGCUCACAACCGCCGCCGCCAGCUUUGCCGGUGACAGACAAGACGACUCCCAAAUCGAAAUCUAGGCAUAAGGGCCACCACAAGAGGAAUUCGUCUUCAACUUCAGCAACGAAACCAGCGGAUAGGAAACGCCACAACAGCGCUGGAGUCUGUGAUUCACCCACUAAGAAGCCCAGCACCUCUGAAUCAGACAUGGUAAUUGCUCGUCAGAGAGCCCGUCGCUUCUCGGCCCCCGACAUACCUUCACCCAUCAGAGAAGAGCCUGAGAAUGUGACCAGCGAAGCGCCAGCGGUUGAUGCCGCACAACUUGACUUUAUCAAGCAAAGGGCAGAGCGCACUGCCACGGUGAUUGCCGCUCACGAUAAGGGAGAAUAUUCACUCUGGGAUACUCAAUAUGAAUGGGACGUAUUAGUGGUAUGUAAAGACAAGUCUUGGCAGGUACAUCAUGACAUCUUGUCUCGAGAAUCCGAGUUCAUGAGAGAGCGCCUCCCUCCCAAAGAUCCAGCUGGAUACAUUCGCUUUGAGCUUGACGGCCAUGAUGCCAUGCAACUAGGCUACGCGCUGCAAUUCAUGUAUCUCAAGAGCUACCCAGAUGCCUACUACGACAGAAACGCUCCACUUUAUGGCGAGCCGCUCCGAUUCAGCACCUUUCUCUACAUCGCCGGUGCUUCCAUCGAAUACACCGCCAUGAUGGAUUUCGCCGUGGCUCGUCUUAACGAGGCUACUGCAAUCAUCGGAGAAUACCUUCCCAUCCUCCAAGAGCGCUCUCCCAACAGUCUUCAAGAGCCCAACCCAGAGCUUUUCAACCUAUACAACCCACUCGGAUGGGCUCUUAGCAUGAUGUAUGAGCAGGGCACAAAUGUGUUGAUGAGAAAUCUACGGUUAGCCAUGGCCAAACUCAUCGAUGUCUCGAUGCUGUACCUCAUCCUGGAUCGCGGAUUCAAGCAGGUUUUUAGCAUGAGCUGGGUUGGAUUCCUCUACCCGAACUUGGUAAAUGAUGCCAUCUUCUUCGGAAGUGUCGGGGCGAUGGAACCUCUGAAAGAAAGCGGCAUGAUCGCUGCUCAACAGCAAAGCCAGCAUCUACAAGAAAGUCAGCACCAGCAACAGGGCCAGAUCCCAAUACAAGGCCAACACCAAGAGCAACACCAAGAGCAACACCAAGAGCAACACCAACCCGAAGCCCAACAUACCGCCGAAACAGCAAGGAAUACCAACGUAUUAUGGAAGGCAAGUUGGGAUCAGUCACAAGCCAGACUCAAGGCUCAGCUUCCUCAGAAGCAGGAGAGUGUACAGCCGCCAGUCGAGACCCCGGCACCAAUAUCCCAACCCGCAUCGGCACCGGCGAGCCGGCUGCCUAAUGAUGGUGUUUGGGGCAACGAUAUUUGGGAGCGGAUAGACAGGACUCAUGUCAAUGGUAUUGGGCCAGGAAGGGGAAGGGAUCGGGAAUUCGGCGGAGCUAGGUGUGCCAGAGACGGCCGAAUGGGAGGAUCUAAGUACUUCUACCCACGAGGGUGUUCAAGAGCGCGCGCGGAUAAUGACUGGCGUUGCCCAUGGAACCGGGACUGGAGGAAGAGGGACGAGCCGGAGGAAUACCACCAGCCGGAGGAGGUGGAGGACGAAGAUGGUAACCUGUGGAUCAUCGGGAACCCGGGGCCUACACCGGCUCCACAGAAGCAAUCGGAGCAGCCGGAGCAAGUGAGCCAGCCCGACCAGCGAGAACAAUCGGAAAAGCCGCACGAGGACCUGGAGGAAGAACGAAGGGAAAGACCUCACAGUGUUUCGGAUGAUUUGGUCAACCCCUGGGAUGAGGACACCUGGCGGCCUGCCACGAAGGAGCAACGAAAGGCGGGAGGCUCGGAAGAGAGCGGCCCCGAUGAUGACGACGACGAACGUUCGACGAUUACGGCUUUUACCCCGGUUACUUCCAUGGCAGGAGACGACGUUAUGAGCGGGUCGACGAUGAUUCCGGUGGUUUUUGAGGACGAUGCGGACGAGGCGGGUGGUGAGGAAAGGACGGGUAAUGACUUGGUGGUGACUGCGAUUGCUUCCAAGGAGGGCGGGCAAGAUGGGGGCGAUCUCACGCCUACGCCCAGUGCGAUUCACUAGGAUUGAGUUGUCAUCACGAUGGUGAUUCUUCUCCUUGCGCUUGUGGAUUGGACUAGCGAUGGGAGAGGGGUCAGCGGAUAGAUUUGAUGAGGGGAGGGUGGGUGGACAGCAACAAAAAAUAUUUUUAUGGCUUGAUUUUUUGUUUUUUUUUGAGCGGAAAACUUACUGUAACGAGUAUAUGGCGGCCCCAUCAAGCAACACAACAAACAUUUGCAUCUUGCAUCACAAAACGGAGUAGUAAGGGAAAUUUGGGUUGGUAUUUUUCUGGGCUUGUUAUGUUUUGUUUUUUUUUUUUUUCUUGUUUUUUUGUCUUUUUGCAACGGGGGGAGAAAAAAAAAAGAGAUAAUUCACGUGGGGAGGGGGACUAGGAAAAGGGGGAAGGGAGGUCUUUUGGCAAUGUUGAACGAAGAACAAUGGGUGAUGUAUGUAUUCUAUUUGUAUUUGAAAUUUUCCUUUCCAUUUCUUUUUGUGAGGGAAAGAAAACAACAUAACAUGAGAUAAACAUAUUGAAGCGAGCGAGCAAGCAGGCAAGCAAGCAAGCGAGGGAGUGUAUAUACCAUUUAGUGAGCUAGUUUUGCUUCGUUGUUUUACAUGAGGUGGUGUAGGCGGUGGAUGAGAUACCCCGUAAUUGUCUUUGCCUUUGUUAUGAAUGGGCGGGGUUUGCGAAUGUGAAGUGACGGUG